AUGGCGGUGGAAAACUACGAUAUCGUUAUCGUGGGCGCGGGACCUGUUGGUCUCUGCCUGUCAACAUGUCUCGCAAGAUGGGGUUACAAGAUCAAGCACAUCGACAAUCGACCCGAGCCGACCGCCACUGGACGCGCAGACGGAAUCCAGCCGCGAUCCCUCGAUCUCCUACGCAACAUGGGUCUUAAGCGCAAGAUUAUGGAAUAUGAACCCGCAAAGGUCUAUGAGGUGGCUUUUUGGGAUCCAGCACAAAAAGGUAUUCACAGGACAGGUACUUGGGCUAGUUGUCCAAAGUUCAUCGAUGCGCGGUAUCCGUUUACCACGCUUCUCCACCAGGGAAUGAUCGAGAGGACGUUUAUUGGGGAUAUUGAGAAGAAUGGUGGUCAGAUCCAAAGACCCUGGACAAUCAAAGGCUUCAAGAACGAUGGCAAGGAUCAGACUUAUCCUGUUGAGGUCAAUCUGGCGCAUGUCGAUGGCACCCACGAGGAGACUGUACGCGCAAAGUAUUUGUUCAGUGGAGAGGGAGCGAGGAGUUUUGUACGGGAUCAGUUGGGUGUCAAGAUGAUCUACAAGGACCCUAUUGCGCAUGUUUGGGGCGUCAUGGAUGGAGUUGUCAGGACGAACUUCCCCGACAUCAAGAUGAAAUGCACAAUCCACUCCGACAACGGCUCCAUUAUGAUCAUCCCACGCGAGAACAAUAUGGUCCGCUUGUACAUCCAAGUCGCAUCUUCUACGGACAAAGACUGGGACCCGCGGAAAUCCGCCACUGCGGAGGAUGUUCAGGCGCGUGCCAAAAAGAUCUUCGAACCGUACACCAUCUCUUGGGACCGCGUAGAAUGGUACUCAGUCUACCCUAUCGGCCAAGGUAUCGCGGAACGCUACACACUCGACGAGCGCGUCUUCAUGGGUGGUGAUGCAUGCCACACACAUAGCCCCAAGGCUGGCCAGGGAAUGAACACAGCGUUCUUGGACGCAGUGAACAUUGCAUGGAAGAUCCACCAUGUGGAGAGUGGCUGGGCACCCCGCUCCCUCCUCUCGACAUACGAAUCCGAACGUAAACUCAUCGCCGAAACGCUCCUCGACUUCGACGCCCGCUACGCAAAGCUAUUCUCCGCACGGAUACCUUCAGCCGGUGAAGUCGCCGGCGCAUCCGCAAAGGAAGCCCCGGAAGAUAACGAAUUCAUCAAGACAUUCAAAGCAAGCUGCGAGUUCACCAGCGGCUACGGCGUAGCCUACAAACCCAACAUGAUAAACUGGGGUCCGGAACACUCCGCCCAGCACCCCCUCAUCCUCUCCUACCAAAACGGCACAAGCCAACGGACAGGCAGAAUCAUGACCCCCGCAACCGUCACACGAGUCGUAGAUGCCAACGUCGUACAUCUCGAACAAGAAAUCCCCAUGAACGGCUCCUACCGCAUGUUCAUCUUUGGCGGUAGCUUGGAUAAGAGCGCAACAGCACUUAGAGAUCUGGCGACGCAGAUGUCAUCUCCUACAUCGUUCUUCAGCACCUUCCUCCACCGCGAUAUAAAGGAGACAGACCGGUACCACGAACGCCACAACCCCCACACCGAUUUCCUUUCCCUGGCCCUCGUUUUCUCAGCACCGCGCUCAAGUAUUCACAUCGAUGAACAACUACCUCAGCCUUUCAACCGCUACGCCGAUCACGUUUACGCCGACGAUGUCUGGGACCAGAGGGUUCCUGAUGCAAAGGCUGCGGCGCAUGCUAAGAUGGGUCUUGAUGAGGAGACAGGUGGUGUUGUCGUUGUACGGCCGGACGGCUAUGUUGGUGUCGUUGUUAAGCUGGCGGAAGGCAAGGGCACUUGUGAAGCGUUGGAUGCGUGGUUCUCGGGGGUCACAGGGAAGAAGCUUGGGGGUGAGAGGGCGAGUUUGUAG